UGGAAAAAAAAUCGCCCGCGGGGGCGAAGGGGGGGAGGUUGUUAAAAAGCCGGCGAAGGGGCAGAGCCGGUCCGGGGGGAGGGCACCCCCAGGCACCCCCGGCAGCCCGGGGAGGGGGGAUGAGGCAGAGGCCGGCCGGGAUGAGGAGCGCCCGCUGGGCGCCGUGGCCGCGGAGGGCAUGAGGCGGCGAGCGGCGGGGAUGGGCUCCGGAGCGCGGUGCUAGAGCCGGCGGCAGCCAAGGUCUGAGAGGGCAGUAGCCUGUGCGAUACGGCGGGAUCUGGUUUUCAAAAUGGAAUUGCAGCUGGUGCUCCUUUUCGCAGGGAUAAUUGCGUUUUCGGACUCGGCGAGAGGCCCCCCCAGGAUCGCCGACAAAGUGAUUCACCGGCAGUCCGUGCGGCUGGGCAGGACCAUCAAGCUCCUGUGCCCGGUGGAGGGCGACCCCCCGCCCCUCACCAUGUGGAUGAAGGACGGACGGACCAUCCACAGCGGCUGGACCAGGUUCCGCAUCCUCCAGCAGGGGCUGAAAAUCAAGGAGGUGGAGAGCGAGGACGCGGGGACCUACAUCUGCAAAGCCACCAACGGCUUCGGCAGCGCCAACGUCAACUACACCCUCAUCGUCAUCGGUGAGUGGGGCUGCAGCGAGGCCACCUGCCCGGGGGGGCAGGCAGGGCUGGCGUCCAUGCUCUGCCAGUGAGUGCAGGUUUGC